UCUCAUCUCAUCUCCACUCACUCCCCGCAACUAACAUCCAGUCCAGAUCUGGGACUUUCGUCAAAAUUUGCAGCGUCGGUGGCGAAUAACUGUGACUUGAAUUUUACUCUAAAAUAAAUGGAAAAGGCGCUGAAAAUGCUCUGAGUCCGAUCUCAACAGUGUCUCUCUCGUCCAAAUCCGCGUGAAAAGGCAAAUAUAAAAAUAUCCUCUUCACCCCCAUCCCGUUAUCAUUCGCAGUCUCACACCACCACUAAUCCUCCACCGUUCACCCACUUAAGCUGUUCGAUUUCCUUUCGGCCAUUACUAUAUUGAAAACCUCGCUACUUUGCCAUCUGGGUACCCCAUUCCUUUUCCCCUCUCGGCCUGCUUCAUUUGCUAUUUCAGGCGGCAACUGUCUGACUGCACCAGAGAAAAGAGCUACUGGGUUUUCUUGGGUUUCUUCCGAUUUCUCUUUCCCCCUUCUAGUCAGAUCCAAGUCCUCCAGAUGUCGUGUUAGUUGACAAAAGGGGUGUUUACAGCCACGGGAAUCUUCUUUAGUUGAGGAGGAAAUGGCAAUGGGGAAGUAUUCACGGGUCGAUGGCAGGAAGUCAUCAAACUAUUGUUCAACUAUCAGUAUGGUCGCUUUUGUAGCAUUGUGUCUAGUUGGAGUUUGGAUGUUCAUGUCAUCAUCUGUCGUCCCUGGACAGAGUUCAAAUGUGCCGGUAUCUCAAGGGUCUGCCACCAGUCAGGGCAAACAAAGUAUGGUUGAGAACUCCAAGGGAUUUGAAGACAGUUCUGGUGAUUUACAAGAGGGUUCAAGUAAAGAUGGCGAGAGCACUGAAAAUUCUAAUACUGACAACCAAUCGGAUCUCGAGGAUGACAGCAAGGUGACUGAAACUCAGACGGAGACAGACUCUAACCAAGCAGGUGAAGAAAAUCAAGGUGAGAAGUCUCAAAAGGAUGGAGAUGGGAAAAAAGAGGACGAAAAUUCAGGAGAGGCAGGAUCAAAUUCAGAUUCUGGGGAGAAGGAAAAUCGAAGUGGAGAAAAGAGUGAGUCUGAUGAGGGAGAGAAGACCACCACAGACGAAGGUUCGAGUGAGAAUAAGAAUGAUAGUGAAACAGAUGGUGGUUCAGGUGAAAAGUCAGCGUCAGAUGAGGGGGAGAAGUCCACAGACGAAGGUGAGAAUAAGGAUGGUGGUGAGACAGUCGGGAAUUCUGGUGAGAGUAACGAGGGAAGUCAGGGUAAAGAUAAGGCAGUUGAGGUUUUUCCUGCUGGCGCGCAGUCAGAGCUUCUUAAUGAGACUAACACUCAAAACGCAGCAUGGUCUACUCAAGCUGCAGAGUCACAGAAGGAGAAGAACUCACAGAGUCCUUCAGAUGUUAAAAAAGAUGGCCAAGCUUGGAAAGUAUGCAAUACUACUGCAGGUCCGGACUAUAUACCUUGCCUUGACAACUGGAAAGCAAUCAGAAAGCUAUCUAGCACCAAGCAUUACGAACAUAGGGAGAGGCAUUGCCCUGAUGAAGCACCUACCUGCCUUGUUCCUGUGCCUGAAGGGUAUAAGCAGUCAAUUAAGUGGCCUAAAAGCAGGGAUAAGAUCUGGUAUUAUAAUGUCCCCCAUACCAAGCUUGCGGAGAUUAAAGGACAUCAAAACUGGGUUAAAGUUAGUGGUGAAUAUCUUACCUUCCCAGGUGGAGGAACUCAGUUUAAGCAUGGUGCUCUUCAUUACAUCGAUUUCAUUCAAGAUUCUCUUCUUGAUAUUGCUUGGGGAAAAAGGACCCGUGUGAUAUUGGAUGUUGGGUGUGGUGUGGCAAGCUUUGGUGGUUAUCUAUUCGAGCGAGACGUUCUUGCAAUGUCUUUUGCUCCCAAAGAUGAGCAUGAAGCACAAGUUCAAUUUGCUCUAGAGAGGGGAAUUCCUGCUACAUUAGCUGUUAUGGGUACCAAGAGGCUACCUUUCCCAGGAUAUGUUUUUGAUGUUGUACACUGUGCACGUUGCAGGGUUCCUUGGCAUAUUGAAGGCGGCAAACUUCUUUUGGAACUCAACCGUGUGCUGCGACCUGGUGGCUACUUUGUGUGGUCUGCCACUCCUGUUUAUCAAAAGCUGGAAGAGGAAAUGACUAAAUUGACAAAGGCUAUGUGCUGGGAACUGGUGGUUAUCAAGAAGGAUAAACUGAAUGGCGUUGGUGCUGCAAUAUACAGGAAGCCCACGUCCAAUGAGUGCUAUAACCAGCGAACCAAGAAUGAACCGCCAUUGUGCAAAGAAUCUGAUGAUCCAAAUGCAGCUUGGAACGUGCCUCUCGAGGCAUGCAUGCACAAGGUCCCAGAAGAUGAAUCUCUACGAGGAUCCAACUGGCCAGAGCAAUGGCCAAAGAGAUUGGAGAGUCCACCAUACUGGCUGAAAUCCCAGGAAGAUUUUGCUGCUGACUAUAAACACUGGAAGAAUGUUGUCUCACAAUCAUACCUGAAUGGAAUGGGCAUCAACUGGUCUUCUGUAAGAAAUGUCAUGGACAUGAGAGCGGUCUAUGGAGGAUUUGCGGCUGCACUGAAGGACUUGCAAGUGUGGGUUAUGAAUGUGGUCCCGAUCGAUUCUCCAGACACACUUCCCAUAAUUUACGAGCGUGGCUUGUUUGGAAUGUACCACGAUUGGUGCCAGUCGUUCAACACCUACCCCAGAACUUACGAUGUUCUGCACGCAGACCAUCUUCUAUCGGUGGUCAAGAAGAGGUCUGAAGAUGGGUCCCACUCUUUCUCUAAUCACUUUCCGUUACAACCCUUGAAAUCAAUCUCUUUAUAAACUCAAUCGUUUAAUGUUUCCCCCCCUCUUUCUAUUGCAGGUGUAACCUUGUGGGACUGGUGGCGGAAGUUGACAGGAUCUUGAGGCCGGGAGGCAAGCUCAUCGUAAGGGACAACGUUGAGACCAUAACUGAGGUCGAGAGCUUGGCUAAAUCGAUGAACUGGGACAUCCGAAUGAUUUACUCGAAGGAGGGCGAGGGAUUGCUUUGUGUUCAGAAGACAAUGUGGCGUCCAAAGGAGGCUGAGUUGAUAACCUCGGCCAUCAUGUAGUCAUGAAGAUUAGAUGAGAGCAGAUCAGAGCUAUUCAUCGGCAGCCGCGGAGGAAUCAUCUAUUGCUGCCAGAUUGUAGCCUGGUAUUAUUUUGGGGUGGGAAGUAGAGUAUGGUUGAUAUCUGCAGCAAGGCGUAUGUAUGGGCAGAUGUUUUCUUAUGACUGUUGUUGGCAUCAUUUGUUACUUUUUACUGAUAUUACUAGUAUUUACUGUGACGAUUAUAGGUAAUACACAUUCAGGGAAUUGUAAAAUUUAAUUUGUAAUCUUCAAUUCUUCUUCUAGGCCUAAUCGUGAUCUCGUACGUUUUCUGAUGGGUCGAUGUAUGUUUACUAGGGAUAGUGCCGAUGAGCUGUUUUGUGGUUAAGAUAAGGACCUUCGCAAGAUUAAAAUGUGGCAUCUACUCUAUUCAAAAUUUAAACCCAGUUGUGGUGGUUUUUCCCAAAAGGUCCAAUAGAGGGACCAAGUUGGUUUUUUUUGGCUAGUUUGGAUUUC